CUCGCCACCACUAGCCCCCGAUCGCUUCGCCUUCGUCUCCUCCACAUUCCGUCGCUUCUCGAACUCGCUUCGCCUCCCUCCGAGCCCUGGUUGCCCUCCACGCAGGGGCUGCUGGGGUUUGGUCCAUGGAGAUCUCGCUGGACGCGUGGGUGGGCGUGCAGCGGCACGGGCAGGACCUGGCCGACCGCCUCGCGCAGGGCUUCUCGGGCCUCCUCCACCUCCAGCCGCCGCAGCUCGGGCUCCUCCCGUGGUCUCCCGCGCUCCCGCACAAGCUCGUCCCCUUCGAUAUCGACCUCCCCGUCUCCGUCCCCUUCGUGGGUGGGGCCGUCGACCUCCCGGCCGUGGCCGUCGCGUCCUUCGUCGAGAUCGGCGAGCGGCUCGCGGGGCUCGGGCAGGCCGGGUCCGAGCUCGGCCUCUCCGUCGGGACCGCCGCGCAGCAGCUGGCGCGGCAGAUUCCGGUCCCGUUCCGCGCCAAGGAGGGCGCGCGGCGCCGGAAGCGGGAGGCUGCGGCUCCUCCGCCGCCGCCCGCGCGCGCGGUGGACGAGGGCGAGGUGGGACUCGCUCUGGAAAGGGCUGCCGAGAGCGGGCUAGCUUUGGAUAGCGUCGGAGGCCGAGGACCCCUCGAGGUGGCGGCUGCUGCCGCGGCCGCGGCCACUGGAAUUGAUGCUGCAGCUACUGCGAGCGGGGUUGGGACCGGGGACGCGGAUGAGUUGGAUGAAGAGGAAGAUGAGUUCGAAUGCGAGAUUGGGACUCUGGGGAGAUUUAAGAAGGCUAAGGGCACUGUAAAUGUCUCGGCAGCGUACAGUACGAGGCACCACACUAUUGAUGGUUCGGUAGUUGCACGUGGAGAUAUCUGGAGGUUAGAAUCAUCACGAGGUGGUUCAACUUAUGGAAAUAACAGUGCACCUCUUUUCCUUGUUCAAUUGGGUCCUUUACUUUUUGUCCGAGACUCUACACUUCUUUUGCCUAUUAAUCUGUCAAAGCAGCACCUUCUUUGGUAUGGUUAUGAUCGCAAGAAUGGAGUGCACUCCUUAUGUCCAGCUGUCUGGUCAAAACAUAGAAAAUGGUUGCUGAUGUCCAUGAUUUGCCUCAACCCGGUAGCCUGUUCCUUCAUGGAUGUGCAAUUUCCAAACGGGCAAUUCACUUAUGUUGCUGGUGAGGGGAUAACCGCAAGUGGUUUUUUCCCAUUAUUUGGUGGAUUGCUUCAAGCUCAUGGAAAGUGUCCUGGAGAAACAAAACUGAGCUUCUCCUUCAAGAGCAAACAAGGCACAAGGUUUACACCUACAUUUCAAUGGCCUGACAAUUCUCUUUCACUUGGAGUUGACCAAGCGCUAGCAUGGAAAAAGUCUGACCUUAUGGUGAGACCUAGCAUCCAACUCAGUGUUUGCCCCACUUUUGGAGGAACUGAUCCUGGCAUACGGGCGGAGUUUGUCCACUCACUGAAGGAUGAACUCAAUGUAAUGUGCGGCUUCUCUUGCUCAAGACAUCCUUCGGCUUUCACAUCUCUUUCUCUUGGGCGAUCCAAGUGGAAUGGCCAAGUCGGCAGUUCUGGUGUAGUAAUCACCAUGGAAACACCCAUCGGCAACAUGGGAAGGCCAUCUUUGACUGUUGAACUGAACGGAGGCCUCGAGUUUUGACAUGGAUCGCUGCCCCUGUAAGCUGUACAUAGAUAGUGCUGUACAUAGAUAUAACCAUGGUCCAUACUCCGUUUUAUUCUGUAGAUAGCUUCGCAACCUAUGAAGUGUAAUGUGUACAAGUGCUUUGAAGCUGCAUUUUGGUACUGUGCUGAUGCAUUUUCAAUUUGAACCAACUUUAUUUGAUAGAACUAAUUUUGAUCUAA